AUGGGUACGUCAUUUUCCACAUUACUACAAUACGUUUCACAAUCAUCGAUCACUCAAUUAUUCCUAUUUAUUACUGUUUUCUUCAUUUAUGGAUGGUAUAAUUUGGAUACCGAUAUACGGAUAAUGAUAAAUACCAAUAGUAAUCGUUCAUUACUACUAUUUUUACUUGGUGCAACAAGUCCAUUAUAUACAUUAUUACAAUUUACAUCUGUACCAGCAUUUCUUAUGGCAAAAUUAGUGAGUGUAUUUGAUUUGCUAAUGGAUGGAAUGGAUAUUGAAAAGCAUAUUGAUUAUGGUACUGCAUUUAUAUCAUCAUCAAAAAUGUUGAAUCGAUUUUUUGGAUAUUUGAUAUUGCUUGGACCAACAGCAAUUAUUAUCAUUUUUGCAUUUGUUGCAUUUUACAUUAAUGUUAUUCUAUAUCGAAUGCCAUGGGGUGCAAUUAUGGAUGCAACAACAGAUUGGAUUUCACAUACUUCAAUUAGGCAGACGACAAGUCCAAAAUCACCACCGAUCUCACAUCACAUAUUCACCUCGUUUUUAAAUAUUUCAUAUCGAAGUGUAUUAUAUGUCAUAUUUAUUACAGAAAUAUUCAUUGGAAUCAUUUUAUUAUUCCUUUUUAUUGGUAAUGUAUUUUAUGUUCGUUUUGCUAAUAAUAGCACCAAUAUGGCAGCAGCAGGUAAUUUCCGCACCAUAUUAUUCCUUGGUCUCUUAACAUUUCAUAUUUUAUCACUGAUUGAAUUACGUUGGGCACUGAAAAGAUGGGAUCAUUCAUCCAGAUUAAUUUUAUAUAUAGCGGUUGCAACAAUGGAAAUGGCUAUCCUCAAUGGUUAUAUGUGGAUUACAGCAGUGAAUCAUUCAUGGGGUUUAAAUUAUCAACCAUUUUUGGUAAUUUUUGUCAAUACCAUUAUUCGUGGUAUUAUGAUUGCUAUUGUAAUAGCAAUUCGUUGGAAUAUGGCGGAAAUGUCACAUCCAACACGUACACGUGAUGCUACCGAAAUUUAUGAUGCAACCGCUGAUUUAGACAAUGAUGGCGAUCAUGAAGAUGAUAUACCAACCAUUUAUGAGAUGCGACGUGAUGUUUUCACGUGAAAUAUAUACAUUUGUCAAAUUGUUUAUUUCCGCUUUUUUAUGUAUUGGUCGAUUUGCUAAAAUAAAUCAUAAUAAUAUGUCAUUUGUCAUCUGUAAAAUUAUUUAAAUUUACAAUAUAUUCAAACAUUGUCCAAUCGUUGUAUAAUGAUAAUAAAG